AAUAAUGUAUAAUAUUCAUUGUAUGCUUAAUUGUCUUACACAUACACAAAAGCAGAUCUUCAAUCAGAUGUUUUAAAAAUCGAUAUACUGGCUAAAAGAAAAGAUGUGUAUUAUUUAAUAUAUCUUAAUUUAUUUCAUUAUUUGAGCAAUAUAUACUUUUACUCGUAUAUUAAAAUUGUUUUGUUUUUUUACACCAGUACAAUGUGUGUUUUACAUUGGAGGUGUGGACUAUCAACACACGCCCACUUUUUUCACACAUCAUUUUACAAGACACUAAGCCCUCGUCCCUAAGAGUAAAAUCACAGUAUUUCGGAAAACCAACGUGGUUGAAAAGACUUCGGCUUUCAAUUUUUUUGGGGGAAAAAAAUAAACUGUUCCGGAAAUAAAAAUGGCAGGAACCUCUAAUGGUAAGUUUAUAUAUAAGAAAUAUUCAAAAUACUGUUGUUUAAAGCAAUCGUUUUUUUUAAUAUUAUACAUGAUUAUUAAAUCAGACAUCGCUUAAAAGGCGAACUGCCCCUCUCUCUGCAGACACCAGGACUUCAGGCGAUAUGGGCUGAGAUUUUAGCGCUGAAUACUGACGGUAUGUUUUUUUGGUUUGUUAUAUGUAUAUAUAUAUAUAUAUAUAUGACAUGUUUUUAUUUAUACAUUACGGUAUUGUGUGAUGGGAUAUGUCAUAAUUUUCUUCUUUUAUUGUCACCAUUAGAGUUUAAAAAUCUUGCUGAAAAUCGUAGCUCACAAGAGUGUAUUAACGAGUCGUCUGCACCUCGGACAGUUCAUGAAGAUGCACCAUCAGCGUGUAUAAAUGUGUCGUCACCCCUGACGAGUAUUCAUGAAAACACAUUACCACUAGCGUCUAUGAGUGAAAUCGUCAGCCGUGUCGACGACAAACGGUCUACCGGUCUACUAGAGGUCUACACAACAAGUACACGCGCAGGAACGAGCAGACGUAAAAGGAAUAUUGUGCCGAGAGACCGUCGUGUCGGUGGUGUAAAGCAGAAAGUAGUCACCACUACAGCACAGGUUCAUGUGGAUGCUACAUCUGACGAAAUAAGCAUUAUACCAAAUACACCUGAACCAAAACGACCAAGAAAAUCACAAGGCCAGACUGACCCAAAUGUUGUUUCGAGUCAGGACGAUGUUGAAAAAUGGAACGACGAUAUGGUGAAUGUUUGGAAUGCUUCUGAGUUCUCAAACGAGAUCCCGGUUCACGCUGCCACCACCGUGCAAGAUUCGGAUUCUGAUACACUACCAUCCAACCAGGAGGCUUACAAAAACAAGCAAAACACAAAACCGGUGCCAGUUGUGGAUCAAUCAAACACGUAUGCAAAAGUUGCCACAAAUGACAUUCUGAAGUACAAGGAGCUUCUUUUACAGCUAUCAAAUGGAUUGAACAAUAUUGCAUCGCAGCAACAGAGAGAUAAACGGACCAUCGAGCUUUUCAUCGCAACUGCUACAAAGGAUUUAAAGCAGUUAAAACUUGAUGCAAAGGAACAUGCGGCCUUAGUUCGACGAUGUAUGGCUAAUCAUCAGAAAAUAAUGUACAAUCAACAGAAAAUAAUGAAUGAUCAACAGAUAUUAAUGAAUGAUAAUAAAUUGACUGUUCAAUUAUUGACAUUGCUGGUCAACACACGCAAACAACAAUCUCGGUAAGUUGUUUUUUUUCUUUUAAAUCGCAUGUCUUUUUUCUACAAUAUGUCUUAUGUGUAGUAUUAUGUUUUAGACGCUCAUUUUAGGGUUUCUAUAUACUUAGAUUUUUAGUAAUUGAUUUGAAUGAUUAGUUUUUGUAACUGAUUUACUUAUUGUACAACUAUUGGUAUAUUUUUUUUUUUUAACUACCAUAAAUAAAUUUGUGUUAAAAUGGCCACAAAACGUUGUCUGGAUUCAGAUGGUAAUGAACAAUAUCGUACAGUGAGAUUUAGAGGAGAUAGUAAUGAUGGUCACCACGACCAACAAAACACUACAGAAACAUUGCGUCAUUUAAUUCAAACGGUUGAGGAUAUGGAUAGACCUAGAUCUACGACUGAUGCGUUAAUAGAACUAUUAAAUUCAGUUCAAUCCAUGUCCGAUAAUCAGCCAGAACCAUCUUUUGAUCUGAAUGUGUUUUUGAGUUCUCCUCAGAACAGUGAUGUAUCUGAGGAUAAUCAACGAGAACUAUGUUUUGAUCCAGAUCAAUUUUUAAACAUGUCUCAGAACAUUGAUGCAUGUGAUGAAUGGUCUACUACUGAUUUUGAUAUGGAUCACUUUUUAAAUACAUCUCAGAGCAGUGUGUCUGAACAGAAUUCAAAAUCAGAUCAGGAUCAGAUUGUAUUAUCAUGUCAGACAGGUGAGGGGUCUGAUACACGUCCUUACCAAACAUUUAACCCCACCGCAGCAAACAUGGGUCUAAGUCAAGAUGAAAUUGAAACACUAGUGAGACAAGGCGGUAGUGUGCACAAGUACACUGUAAUACCUAGAGCGCGGUUUAACGGUCUGGAAAUACAUAGACGCAUAAACCUGCGGGAGAUAUCAUCCACAGAUUUAGCAGACUAUACAACAUUUUUACAUGAAUUGUUGUCUGAAAUAGUUUCAUUCUCCAGAUUAUUAGCCGGUGAUUCCGGUGUAAUAAACAUUACAUUGAGAGGGGAGAGUCUGACGUCUGAUGUUAAUACACUAUUGUCGCCUCGCAACAACUAUGAUUUAGACCUCUUUAUCAACCAGCUUGAAAAAAUAAUGCAAAGCAACUCUGAAGUACAGGCGGAUCAGGCGUUGGAUUUGUGUGUGUCAAUAGCGACAUGUAAAAAUGGCGGCGGUCGUCGGAAGAUACAAGAUCUAGCACAUGACGAAGUGAUUAGAAGGAACAAAAUGAAUUUGUUUUGCCCUACAAAUAUCACGAAUAAUCUGUGUUUUACAAUUUGCUUAGCACACUUUCUAAACCCUCAGAAGUCGCAUUCAGAACUUGAAGCAAUAGCAGCAAACAUGCAAACAACAGCCGGCCACAAAGUUCAGUACAAAAUAGCAUUUGAUGACAUAGCGAGAUUUGAACAGAUGCUGAAUAUCAAAAUUGUAACCUUUUAUCGUUCGAACACUGGGAUGUUGGAAAAGUAUACUACCACAGACAAGCCACAUUCCAAAACGGCAUAUUUAUACCUGCAUGACGGUCAUUACUUUUUGAUUAAAAACCUAACAGCAUUCAUAGGUACACCAUACGUUUGUGAGUAUUGUCAUGUAGGCUAUACAUGUAGACGAAAUCACAGAUGUGAAUAUGUGUGCGACGUUUGCAACUACCCAGACUGUCAUACCCAAACAAAACAAAUAAUACAGUGUAAUGACUGCUUGCGCUUCUGUAGAUCAAGGUACUGUUUUGAGAUGCAUAAACAACCUCCACCAGGACAACAGUUUGCACAAUGCGAUGUUACAAAAUAUUGUAAAAUGUGUAACAGGCGUUACUACAUCAGUGGAUCCAAACCCAAGCCACAUCGUUGUGAAGCUGAAUAUUGCGUCCACUGUGGUGAAAGUUUGGCUACUGGUGGAGAACAUGAAUGCUUUAUACAGCCAUACAAACCUAUGGAGCCGAGCGAUCGUUACAUUUUCUAUGAUUUUGAGACACGAUUUGAAAAUGGUAAACACGUUGCCAAUUUUGUGUGUGCGAUUACAUUUAACGGGGAAGAAUUUGUGGCUGAGGGAGUUGAUUGUGUGGAUCGUCUCAUUAAAAAAUUUAGACGACCCAAGUAUCGUAAUUAUACAUGGGUUGCACACAAUGCGUCUGGUUUUGACAAUUUCAUACUUUUGGAAUAUUUUGUUAGGAUGGGAAUACCACCAAAAAUCACAAUGCGCGGCUGUCGUCUGAUCUUCAUGUUUGACCGUACAUACAAGCAAAGGUUUUUAGAUUCAUACCUUUUCAUGCCAAUGCGUCUAUCCAAGACCCCUGAGGCAUUUCAGCUAGAUAAUAUUGAGAAGGGCUAUUUUCCACAUGUGUUCAAUCGUGCCGAAAACGACUGCUACAUAGGCCCAUACCCCGAAAAACAUUUUUACGGGUAUGAGACGAUGUCAGACAAAGAGAGAUCAGACUUUGAUGCAUGGUACUGUACAGUCUCAGGCAAAGUCUUUGAUUUUAAAAAAGAACUGGCAAAGUAUGGUAAAAAUGACGUUGUGCUGUUGAGAAAGGCAUGCAUAAAGUACCGUCACGAGUUCAUUUUGUGUACAGAUCUCGACCCGUUUACUUUUACAACACUUGCCGGUUGCUGCAUGGGUGUGUACAAGUCCAAAUUUCUGCCAAAAGAUACAUUGGCACUGACUCGUAAUGACGGCUACACAAAUCAAAACAAAACAUAUUCAAAUGCCUCAAUUGAAUGGCUAGAAUAUGUUGCAAAAUCGCGGUCCAUAGAAAUUCAACAUGCGCUAAAUGGCGGCGAGGUGUCAUUUGGUAAAUAUCAUGUCGAUGGUUUUUAUGACGACGGACGUGUGAAAAAAGCAUUUGAUUUUUUAGGCUGUUUUUAUCAUGGAUGCGAACGUUGUUAUAAUCCAUACGAUAUAAACCCGUUAUCAAAAUUGUCUUAUGGGGUUCUCAGAAGACAGGUUAAUGACAGGUGUGAAAUUUUGCAGCGGAUGUAUGGCUUACAGGUAGAGUUCAUGUGGGAGUGUGAUUGGAAAGCGGCUAAAAAUUCAGAUGUCGGUGUGAUGGAUUUCAUGUCCACAUACAAACGCCCUGAAAGAUUAAAACCGCGUGAUGCAUUAUUCGGAGGUAGGGUAAACGCAUUUAAGCUGUACCACAAAACAUCGGACGAUGAAAAGGUGUUUUACAGAGACAUCACCUCUCUUUACCCUUUUGUACAAAGUACAAAAAGCUAUCCGGUAGGGCAUCCAAAAAUAAUUUUCAAAGAUUUUGAAAAUCUUGAAAAUUAUUUUGGAUUCAUCAAAGCAGAGGUCAUACCGCCCCGUGGUUUAUUUCACCCUGUCUUGCCCUAUAGAACAGGGGGUAGGCUGAUGUUUCCACUCUGCAGAUCAUGUGCUGAAGAACAAAAUCAGGACACCCCCUGCCAGCAUGCUGAUAAGGAAAGGGCCCUGACAGGAUGUUGGGUCAGCAUAGAGUUGUCAAAAGCUGUGGAGCGAGGCUAUGUUGUCUCUGAGGUGUAUGAAGUUUGGCAUUUUUCUCAACGCUCUGAUACACUAUUUAGUGAUUAUGUUAAAACUUUUUUACAGUUUAAACAGGAGAGUUCCGGAUUUCCAGAGGAUGUAGUGACUGAUGAGGAGAAAGAGUCUUAUGUCAAAGAUUACUUUGAAAAAGAGGGGGUUAAACUCAAUAUCGAUAAUAUAACAUUUAAUGCCGCACGACGUUCCAUAAAUAAGCAAAUUCUUAAUUCACUUUGGGGACGCUUCAGCU